UCAACAAUAUGGCGGCUUUGUAGCUACGCUGAGAGGACGUUACGUUAGCUGGACAUAAAACAAAGGUAUUUUGUUUUGUGGAGCUAACGUUAGCUGAGAUGGCUGGUGAUUCCUCAGAUAAGAAGGAAACGGAAUCAUCCGGGGGUAAGGAGCGCGACAGGAAGCGCAGUCGCUCUCGAUCCCGCGAGCGCAGAAGCUCUCCAAGCAAGGAGAGAAAGCGCCACCGCUCCCGUGAACGGAGGAGGUCCCGCAGCCGUUCGAAAUCAGCUGAGAGAGAGCGGCGACAGAAAGACAAGGAGAGGGAUAAGGAGCGUGACAGAGAUAAGGACAGGGACAGGAGUCGCAAGGAUCGAGACAGAGACAAGGACAGCCACCGGCGGGACAAGGACAAAGACCGCAGCAGGAAAUCCAGAAGCUCCUCCCCCAAGUCCAAAGACGUCAAAGCAAAGAGGGAGAAGGAUGUGAAAAAAGAGGAGGAUGAAGAGGAAAACAAGAAGAAGAAAGAUAAGGUCCAGCCUCUGUCUCUGGAAGAGCUCCUGGCCAAGAAGAAAGCUGAGGAGGAGGCAGAGGCCAAGCCCAAGUUCCUGUCUAAGGCGGAACGUGAGGCGGAGGCCUUGAAGCGUCGGGAGCAGGAGACGGAGGAGAGGCGUCGGCUCAUAGAGGACGAGAGGAAGAGGAGGAGGGUGUUCCAGGACAUCGGGAGGAAGAUGCUGGAGGACCCUCAGGAGAGGGAGCGACGUGAACGCAGGGAGCGCAUGGAGAGGGAGAAUAACGGCACCGAGGACGACGAUGGCAGGCAGAAGAUCCGCGAGGAGAAGGAUAAGGGCAAGGAGCUGCAGGCCAUCAAGGAGCGGUACUUGGGCGGGGUGAAGAAGCGGCGCCGGACGCGACACCUGAACGACAGGAAGUUUGUCUUCGAGUGGGACGCCUCCGAGGACACGUCCAUCGACUACAACCCCCUAUAUAAAGAGAAGCACCAGGUGCAGCUGUACGGCCGUGGCUUCAUCGCAGGGAUCGACCUGAAGCAGCAGAAGAGGGACCAGUCGCGCUUCUACGGCGACCUGAUGGAGAAGAGGCGCACCAUGGAGGAGAAAGAGCAGGAGGAGCUGAGACUGAAGAAGGUGCGUAAGAAGGAGGCCAAGCAGCGCUGGGAUGACAGGCACUGGUCCCAGAAGAAGCUGGAGGAGAUGACAGACAGGGACUGGAGAAUCUUCCGCGAGGACUACAGCAUCACCACCAAGGGGGGCAAGAUCCCCAACCCCAUCCGCAACUGGAAGGAGUACACCCUCCCCCCGCACAUCCUGGAGGUCAUCGACAAGUGCGGCUACAAGGAGCCCACCCCAAUCCAGAGACAGGCCAUUCCCAUUGGUCUGCAGAACAGAGACAUCAUUGGCGUGGCUGAGACUGGCAGUGGCAAGACAGCUGCGUUCCUUAUUCCUUUGCUGGUGUGGAUCACCACCCUGCCCAAGAUCGACAGGAUUGAAGACUCAGACCAGGGCCCGUACGCAGUGAUCCUGGCGCCUACCCGUGAGUUGGCACAGCAGAUUGAGGAGGAGACCAUUAAGUUUGGGAAACCUCUGGGAAUCCGCACGGUGGCCGUGAUCGGAGGGAUCUCACGAGAGGACCAGGGCUUCCGUCUCAGGAUGGGCUGCGAGAUCGUCAUCGCCACGCCGGGCCGUCUGAUCGACGUUCUGGAGAACCGCUACUUGGUUCUGGGCCGCUGCACGUACGUGGUCCUGGACGAGGCAGACCGCAUGAUCGACAUGGGCUUCGAGCCAGACGUGCAGAAGAUCCUGGAGUACAUCCCGGUGACCAAUCAGAAGCCUGACACUGAUGAGGCGGAGGACCCGGAGAAGAUGAUGAUGAACUUUGAGUCCGGAAAGCACAAGUACAGACAGACGGUCAUGUUCACCGCCACCAUGCCGCCGGCCGUGGAGCGGCUGGCCCGGAGCUACCUGCGACGCCCCGCGGUGGUCUACAUCGGCUCUGCGGGCAAGCCCCACGAGAGGGUGGAGCAGAAGGUCCUGCUCAUGUCUGAGGGAGAGAAGAGGAAGAAGCUUCUGGACGUACUGGCACGAGGCUUCGAACCUCCCAUCAUUAUUUUCGUCAACCAGAAGAAGGGCUGCGAUGUGCUGGCCAAGUCCCUGGAGAAGAUGGGGUACAAUGCUUGCACGCUCCAUGGUGGCAAAGGCCAGGAGCAGAGAGAGUUCGCUCUGUCCAAUCUCAAGGCUGGUGCCAAGGACAUCUUAGUUGCCACAGACGUUGCCGGCAGAGGUAUCGACAUUCAGGACGUGUCCAUGGUCCUCAACUACGACAUGGCUAAGAAUAUCGAGGACUACAUCCAUCGCAUUGGGCGUACGGGUCGAGCUGGAAAGAGCGGCGUGGCGCUAACCUUCCUCACCAAGGAGGACUCGUCUGUUUUCUACGACCUGAAGCAGGCCAUCCUGGAGAGCCCGGUGUCCACGUGCCCGCCCGAGCUGGCCAACCACCCCGACGCCCAGCACAAACCGGGCACUAUCCUCACCAAGAAGAGGAGGGAGGAGACCAUCUUCGCCUGAGCGGCCCCGCAGUCCGGACGCGCGCCCCACCUGCUUGUCUUUCCCACCUUUGCCGUCCUCUUCCCCCUCAUCCUUGCCUUCCUGAGCAUCUCCUUGUGAUUUCCUUCCCUUUCUAUCUUUAUAUCUAUUCCUGACUUGCCCCACCCCCUCACCCCUGUCCCCGCCCACUUCUCUCCCUGCCCAUGUGUCCCAUGUCGCUGUCAGUGACACACCAGCUCCUGCAUAGUAAGGAUUCGUGUCAUAGUUUGCGUCACAGUGGCUCACGCUGUAAAGGGGAACAGAGACUCACUGUGGUCACUCUGGUUGAUCCUGCUGUGGUGACGGAAACCAAGGGAUCAUAUUUUUUUUUGUUAUUAUUUUUUUUUUUUAUAUCUUCAAGAUCAGCAGGUAUGUGACUAGUUGACUUGUAAAUUAUUAGAAUUGAACAGAAAAGAAAAACUGGCCAGAAAAGAAACUUUUUCAACAGCUUCACUUCACUCAGUGGCAGUAAAGAGAAAACCUUUUUAUAGAUUAAAGUCGUUUAUUUAGCUUUUUGCUUAAGUCAGUUAGGUUUUGAGUUUUAAAUUGUGAAAAAGAGUCAAUGAUGUAAUCUGUAAUCACUGCAAAAAACCCACAAAACAUUUUAUCUAA